AUCAUUAGUUCAUUCAAACACAGCAGCUUCACAACACAAAUAUCUCACGCUUUGUGCUACCAAUAUAAGACAAUAACACUUCUGAUCAUCACUGAAAAGAAGACAGAAUGUUGGUCCAGGUUCCUGCCUGGAGGAUUUGGUGAUCCCCUGCUACUAUACACGGAAGCCUGUUAAGCGAAAGCUUCUUUUAUUCCGUCCACAACCAUUUGAACCAUUUGAACCAUUUUCAAGGUCAACGGACAACACUUGACUAAUUAUAUCAGAGGUUGUAGGUGAUGGUGGUGCCCUUUCCGAUUUUCCAUUUUCGCAACUAUUUGGGUGUAUUUCAUAUCCUUUUCUAGUUCAAGUAGUUUCGUAUUGCUUAGUGAUAUUUAUCCUUCAUUAGUGAGCAACUUAAGUUGCUUUAAUUAGAGCAUAAAUUGUGCUAAACUUGUAAAUCACGUGGCUGUCCUGGCUGAUCAUUUCAUAAAGCUUGCUGUAAAUUCUAAAUCAGUUUACUGUCCAUCAAGUAGGGGUUUGCGUUGUAAAGUGUAUUUUACUUUCGGUCGCGCGCUCCAAUCGGUUUUGUGGAAUUUCUGAUCCACGGGUCAGAUUGCAAUCUCCCAUUUUCGGCGUUUUGUCAAUGAAUAUUGACAGGUUUUUCCAAAGUGUUAUAAGAUUGUGGGAAAAUAUUGACAGGAACCCGAAGUUCUUGGGGAUCGAUCCCCAAGAACCUUGGGGAAAUUUUGGGUUUUCCGUCUCAUUUCCCCAAAAAUUACUAUAGCGGCUUCCCCAAAAUGGACCAAAUUUUCCCCAAAGUUGGUAGCUUGGGUCCCUGAAAAUAUACACAAUUUUUCCAUAAUUAAGGAGGUUGGGGAUCUUACCUCGGCGUCUCAUCCGUUUUUUUGUCCAGCGACGUUCCAAAGUUUUGUACUACAGUAAAAAAAGAUUGUGUACUAGAUAAGGACAUAUGGUGGAUUCUGUCUCGAUUAUGACCUUGAUAGUGUCAUAGGGGCGUUAUCAAGUUCGAACAAAUGACUUAUGAUGAACAGAAGAAUUCGACGAAGAUUCAUUGCUCCCACGUUGUUAAUCUCUUCAAUACACUGGAUAUUUGUGAAAAGUCUACAUGUCAACACUUUGCAGAAUUUUGGGUCGCUUUCCUCCUAUCUAUUUGAAUUUUAAGCAAGACGCUAGGACGUUAUACAAUCCUAAAUUGCUUCGGCAGGAAUCCUUGUCAUAUAGUACAAACUUCAAGACCGUUGAGGAUGAAGGUCCUAAGCACACCAUCAUUGAUGAUAAUGAACGGAGUUGUGGUCCAAAAAUAAAAGUAGGAUUUCAAGCUGAAACACAAAAGUUACUGGAUAUCGUCGCUAAAUCUUUGUACUCAGACAAAGAGGUGUUCGUUCGUGAGUUGGUAUCAAAUGCAAGUGAUGCUAUUGAGCGUCUGAGAUUUCAACGCCUUUCUGGCCAAGUUUCAUCCAGUUUAAGUGAUGAACCUUUAGAAAUACACAUAAGGACAGAUGAAGCGAAGAAAAUUCUCGUCAUUCAAGACACAGGAAUUGGGAUGUCUAAAACUGAGUUGGAAAAAAAUCUUGGAACUAUAGCCCAUUCUGGAAGCAGAGAGUUUGUUUCUAGUAUGACUGGCAACAAGGACAGCCAAAAAUCUGUUGACAUUAUUGGUCAAUUCGGAGUUGGUUUUUACGCUUGUUUUAUGGUAGCUGAUAAGGUAAUCGAUGUUCUAUUCAUUUAACUACUAGCUUUUAAUUAUUGUUUCUGAAAUGCCUCAUACAAGAUUGUUAGUAAGUCAAUUUAAUUUUUAAUCAAAUGUGAGAUAUGAGUUGUUAGUAGUAACCAAUAUUACACUUAAAACUUGACUAAAAAGUGUUUUACACAUUUGUAUAUAUGGUUACGUUUCUUUUCCUGUCAUUUGAGAUCGAAAACAGUAUUCUAUCAGAACUAGUGAAUUAAUUAAGGGAUCAACUAUUUAAUGUUUGAAACAACCUCAGCAUCAAUAUGAAUAUAAGCUUGGUAUAUUAUUCUGUCUUAAUGCCUUUUAAUGUUAUUAAAACUAUAGAGUGAUUUCUCUGUGACUGUGCUGCUAGUUUAUUAAAUUUGAUAUGACUUCACGUUACUGUAAAAGACUAUGUUUAGGAUCUUCAUCGUGCCUAAUAAAAAUUUCAUUUGUGUUAAGCUAGAGCACCAUUAAAAACCCGAUAGCACUGAACGGUCGUUUCGUUCUGGUAUGGGAGUCCACAAUAGUGCAACCGGCUCGUGUGUCCAACUUGAUAAUACUACAAUCUACACAAAUCCCCAUACUAAUAAUAAUCAUGUGCUCACUAGUGACUAGCUUCAAUAUGGAUUUUCCGAAGUCAUGGUUAGAAUCCGUGGCCAGUGAAGUCUAGUCCGUGUCGGGUGUGAGACAGUUAUCCACCUCAGACAAUGUAUGAAGGGCUGUGCAAGAUCGUGGGCCGAUCGAAGUUAGAUAUUGACACCGUUGGAUGCCGGCUCAGUGGUCUAGAGAUUAAGCGUUCGUGCGCGAGACCGAGGGUUCUGAGUUAGAGUUUCGUGUGCGGGGUCGUAGAUGCACGCUGCCGAGGAGUCCCAUACAAGGUCGAAACGGCCGUCCAGUGCCUCCAGGUUUUCAAUGGUAGUCUAUCUUAGUCUAACUCAUAGAUUCAAGUUGAAAAUAAUUGGUUGUAACAAAUUCAAACGUGAUACAGUAGUGGGUUUUCCAAGUUGGCACAUUUUGAAGCAGCGCAAAAAGAAACGUGAUGUUAGGUAAAAAGGAUUUUAAAAAAUAACACUAAAUAUUGAAUAGUAAGCCGCUGUGAAUUAACAAGAAAAUACUCGUUCGUAGCAGCUCUCAGUAUGUAGCAUUGAAAGCUGACGAAGAACAUAAAGAUUAUACUGAAGAACUCCGAAUGCUGUUAUAUGGUUCUUAAUAUAUGAUAUGGAAAAAUGUAAAUUAAUAAGACAUGGCUAUUUCUACAAAAAGUACCGUAUUAUCCCUUAUAAUACAACUCAGAACUGCCGAUCUAGCGUAUUUGGAUUUGACUUGUAUAUAUAAUAUAUUUACAGUCGUCAUACUAUUGAUACCCUACUAAUCUACAGUGGAAGUCUGAUUAGCCUUAGUGGGUUUGUGUCUGACGAAAUCUCAGCACGGAUUUGAAGAGCUCGUUUGGCUUUUGCCAACUUACGUCACCUAUGGUGAAGGCGAGAUAUCCGUCUAUCAAGAAAAGGAUGAGUAUACUGCUCGUCAGAUCGUUCUGUUCUACUUUACGGCUACAAAACGUGGUCAUUAAGUGUAGAAGAAAGUCGUAAGGUACUAGUAUUUUAUCACAGAUGUCUUCGAAAUAUUGCUCGCAUCUACUGGGAUCACCGGAUAAGUAAUAGCGAGGUUAGACGCAGGGUAUUAGGGAAUGAUGGUAAAUCAGUUGAUGGGGUUACAAAUCUUCAUCAACUGAGAUGGUUCGGCCACGUGUUACGUAUGUAUGAACAUCGAUUACCACGACGCGCAAUGCUGACUAGUGUUGGAGAUGAUUGGAAUAAAGUUAGGGCUUCCAAACCGAAACGUGGCACCAGUCCUUGAAGUCACUAAUUUCUAGUCUUAGCCAUAUUGGCAGGUGUAGACUACUUGGAUGGGGUCCGCGCGACUAUCGUAACCAGUGGUUGGAGACUGUGUGACAUGACUCAGGAUCAUUCACAAUAGUGUAAGUAUAUAUACUCUUUGUCUUCCCUUAAACUGUGAGAUUAAAAUUAAUUUAUACCUUUCCUUUUUGCGAACUAAUUCUUUCUUGUACUAUAUCCUUACACACAAUCUUUUUUUUACAUAUUACUACCAUUGAAGUAACUACUUGUAUGAGUUUGGUAUUCAUUUUGUUGUUAUUUUGAUAAAAAUAGCUAAAUAUAGAUUGAUCAUGGAUUAUAUUUGACUCUCACGUUUGGAUGUGUUUUUUAAAUCACAUUUUGCUGUUAUCUGUUUGUAUAGGUUGAUGUUUAUUCCCGCAGUCGCAGAGACACGAACCCUCAGGAAGUUGGAAGCCAUUGGUCUUCUUCUGGUCUUAACGGAGAAUAUGAAAUUGGUGAUGCUGAAAAUGUUAAUCCUGGUACAAAAAUUGUUCUUCAACUGAAGGAUUCAGCUUCCGAAUUUUCUAAAGAAGAUGUAUUGGAACGUAUUCUCCGUAAAUACAGCAAUUUCGUUAGUACCCCUAUUUAUCUGAAUGGCCGACGAAUCAAUGUAAUUGAACCAGUAUGGACUAAAAAUCAAUCAGAAGUAUCUGAUGAAGAACAUAAUUCUUUCUACCAGUAUCUUUGUGGUAACAAGUACGAUAGUCCACGUUACACUUUUGCAUACAAAACGGAUGCACCGAUAAAUUUGCGAGUACUUUUGUAUGUCCCAAACUGGAAACCUAGUAUAUUUGAUAUGGCGCGGGAUUCGGACAAUGGUGUGGCACUAUACAGUCGAAAGGUUAUGAUAAUGAAUCGUACAGAAGUACUUUUACCGAAAUGGCUACGUUUUCUGCGUGGUGUUGUUGAUAGCGAGGAUAUCCCCUUAAACUUGAGUAGGGAAUUGCUGCAAGACAAUUCACUUAUACGUCGCAUCAACCGUUUGGUAACUGUCAGGUUCCUCAAAUUUUUAUCUCAACAAGCAUCACGGGAAACAGACAAAUUCAUUAGCUUUCUGGAUGACUAUGGUGUUUAUUUGAAAGAAGGCUUAGUAAUUGAGGGAGAUCAAGAAUUACGCGAAGAAAUAGCUAAACUAUUACGAUGGGAAUCUACUGCCUUACCUCCUGGUCAAACUACUUGUUUGGAUGAAUAUGCUAACCGAAUGCAUUCAGGUCAGAGAAAUAUUUACUUUUUAUCAUCCCCCAACAGACAGUUGGCUGAGAGUUCUCCAUAUUUGGAAGCUGUCCGCAAAAAAGAUCCAGAUAUUGAGGUCCUGUUUUUGUACGAACCGUACGACGAACUUGUUCUUAUGCAAUUAAGUCAAUACGACAAAAAAACGUUGACGUCGAUUGAGAGUAUGAUCGCUGAUGAUAUGGCAAAUACUGACUCAGUUGGAUCUGAACGCCAAAAUUGCUUAAAACAGGAUGAGGCGUCGGAGUUGGUAGAAUGGGCAGAAAAAGUUCUUGGUUCAAAAGUCAAGAAAGUGAAAGUUACACAGAGGUUGAGUACUCAUCCAUGCUUUGUUUCUGUUCGUGAAGCUGGAGCAAUGAGACAUUUUUUGAGAACAUCUUUGGCUGACAGACCUGCUGAAGAAAGAUAUCGUGUUAUUGAACCAAUACUAGAACUUAAUCCAGAACAUGAACUAGUUCGAUAUCUGUAUAAUUUAGUUCAUGCUUCCAAAGAUUCUGAACAAAGUGGAGAUUAUUCUCUAGCAAUUUCAAUCUUGAAUCAUUUUUAUGACACGGCUAUGGCUCAAGCGGGUCUCUUAGAUGAUGUUCGUGGACUUGCGUCUCGAACGACAGAUUUAGUCGAGAAAUUAGUUGGAAAGACUAAAUAAAUAAAAUGUUUUCCUCUAAAUUUCAGCAUUUUGUUCAUAUAUUUAUCUGUUUACUUUUUAUUAAAAUGUAAACUUUUCUAUGACAAUAUAUGAUUAUCCAUAUUCAUUUCUUUUGUUUCCAAUAUUUUUUUAUUUGGCAUUGGCUAUACUGCAAAAGUGCAACUAUCUUAAGUGUUAAACUUUCUAGAAAGAUUACGAAAACGUAGUACCAGUAGUGAUUUAUGUCGGUUAGCUUGAUCUUAUUUUAGGGUAAUCAUUUUUCCGAACAUCAAUUAGCAUUUUGUAAUACUCCUAUUAUUUUAACUACUGAACGUG